AUGCUGAAUCCACGUUUGCUGAGAGUGAAGAAUGCCCUGAUUCGACAAUGUAUGGCUGAGUUCUUGGGAACGUUUGUCUUGAUUCUCUUUGGUUUAGCUGCAGCAGCACAGGUGAAAACAAGCAGAGAGACCAAGGGCCAAACUUUGUCAAUCCAUUUGUCGUGGGCUGUUGGGGUGAUGUCUGCCACAUUCCUUACAAAGGGGAUUUCAGGUGCCCACCUAAACCCUGCUGUGUCUCUGUGUUUCUGUAUAUUGGGGAGGCUGCAAUGGGGUUACCUGGUGCCCUACUUUCUCUCCCAGGUUGUUGGGGCCUAUGUGGGAGCGGCUCUGGUCUAUGCACUAUACUAUGAUGCUAUAAUGGAGUUUAGUGAAGGAGUUUUGACUGUUUAUGGCCCUAAUGAAACAGCGUCUAUAUUUGCUACAUAUCCAUCUGAAUACCUUUCAUUAGCAGGGAGUUUUCUUGACCAGGUAGUGGGCACUGGCACACUGUUAUUGUGCAUCCUGAGCCUGACCGAAAAGAGGAACACCCCGGCUCCCCCUGACCUGAUUGCACCCAUAGUUGCAGGGAUUGUGCUUGGCAUUAUAAUGUCCAUGUCGGCCAACUGUGGUGCCGCCUUAAAUCCUGCCCGCGACCUUGGACCACGCCUCCUCACACUGACUGCAGGCUGGGGAACUGAAGUCUUCACGUGUUACAAUUAUUGGUUUUGGGUACCAAUAGUAGCUCCGAUAACUGGGGCUCUUGCAGGCACUUCCUUGUAUUUGUUCUUCAUCGAAUGGCAACUGCCUGACGAACCAAUGGAGAAGCUCCCAACAAUCUCUACCGUCAUCAAAAACUCUUCCGCCAUAUUGGAGAAAGAAGUUGUCCUGAAGUCAACACACUUCUAG